AUGGCCUCAAUCGCCUCCCCCCGCGAACCGCCCGCCCUCACCCGCCGCGUCUCCGCGCAGCCACACACUCCAACAUCCUCAACCCGCCCCUCCCUAGACGCCCCGCGCUCCGCGACAUCCUCCCCGAACCCGUCCUCCUCAGCAACCUUCGGUGCCCCCGGCACCGCGGCAGCGCCCUCCAAACGCGCCAACCGCGCCGCCCUCCGCGAGUACUACAACCUGAAAAAGGGGACGACCACCCCGUCCCUCGAAGUCACCGACGCAGACGACGUCUCCUCGGAGCGCGGCGGCGGCAUUGCGGAACACAGCGAGGUUCCGCCCAGCGAGCUCGACAACGCGAGCUUCGACGCCGAGGCGUAUGUGCGCAAGGCGCUGGCGGAGAACACGCUGGACGACCUGCUGAGGGUGUACACGCGCGUGCUGGGCGAGAUCCGGGCGCUGGAUGCGGAGAAGAAGGCGCUGGUGUACGACAAUUACUCGAAGCUGAUAUCUGCCACGGAGACGAUUCGAAAGAUGCGCGCGAACAUGGACCCCCUGAACCCCAUGGCGUCGACACUUGACCCGGCUAUUGCGGGGAUAUAUGCCCAGGCGAGCUCGAUCCGCGAGGCGCUGCGCAAGACGGUGGCGCCGCCCGGGUCGCAGGAGCGCUUGGACGAGGAGGCCGCGGCGAGGCGGCGGAGGACGAGGCAGCUUGCGAAGGAGGUGCUGGGGACGCCUGAGAAGUUGCGGAAGCUGGUGAAGGAUGGCAAGGUUGAGGAGGCGAGGAGCCUAUGGGAAAUGCCGAGGCGGUUGCUCGAGGUUUGGAAAGAGAAGGGCGUCGGUGGGACGGACGUGGUGGAGUGUCUUGAAGAGGGCGAUGCGGCGUUGAGGGGCACAGGGGAGAGCAGCGUGAGGACUUCGAAAGACAGUGGAAGGUCUUGA